UGUGUAGCAAGCGGUUCGAUCUGGCUCAGCCAUGGACCGGAAGGUGGCCCGAGAAUUCCGGCACAAGGUGGAUUUUCUGAUUGAAAAUGAUGCAGAAAAGGACUAUCUCUACGAUGUGUUGCGGAUGUACCACCAAACCAUGGACGUGGCCGUGCUUGUGGGAGACCUGAAGCUGGUCAUCAACGAGCCCAGCCGCCUGCCCCUGUUUGAUGCCAUCAGGCCUCUGAUCCCACUGAAGCACCAGGUGGAGUACGACCAACUAACCCCCCGGCGCUCCAGGAAGCUGAAGGAGGUGCGUCUGGACCGGCUGCACCCCGAAGGCCUCGGCCUUAGCGUGCGUGGUGGCCUCGAGUUCGGCUGCGGGCUCUUCAUCUCCCACCUCAUCAAAGGUGGCCAGGCAGACAGCAUCGGGCUCCAGGUAGGGGACGAGAUCGUCCGGAUCAAUGGGUAUUCCAUUGCCUCCUGCACCCAUGAGGAGGUCAUCAACCUCAUCCGCACCAAGAAGACUGUGUCCAUCAAAGUGAGACACAUCGGCCUGAUCCCUGUGAAGAGCUCUCCUGAUGAGCCCCUCAAAUGGCAGUAUGUGGAUCAGUUUGUGUCGGAAUCUGGGGGUGGACAGACCAGCCUGGGCUCCCCCAGCAGUCAGGAAAACAAGGAGAAGAAGGUCUUCAUCAGCCUGGUGGGCUCCCGGGGCCUUGGCUGCAGCAUUUCCAGCGGCCCCAUCCAGAAACCUGGCAUCUUCAUCAGCCACGUGAAGCCUGGCUCCCUGUCUGCUGAGGUGGGGCUGGAGCCAGGGGACCAGAUUGUCGAAGUCAAUGGCAUCGACUUCUCCAACCUGGACCACAAGGAGGCCGUGAACGUGCUGAAGAGCAGCCGCAGCCUGACCAUCUCCGUCGUAGCUGGAGCUGGCCGGGAGCUGUUCAUGACAGACCGGGAGCGACUGGCAGAGUUCCGGCAGCGCGAGCUGCAGCGACAGGAGCUUCUGAUGCAGAAGCGGCUGGCGAUGGAAUCCAACAAGAUCCUCCAGGAGCAGCAGGAGAUGGAGCGGCAAAGGAAAAAGGAAAUUGCCCAGAAGGCAGCAGAGGAAAAUGAGAGAUACCGGAAGGAGAUGGAACAGAUCGUGGAGGAGGAAGAGAAUUUUAAGAAGCAGUGGGAAGAAGACUGGGGCUCAAAGGAACAGCUCCUGUCGCCUAAAACCAUCACCACCGAGGUGCACCCAGUACCCCUUCGCAAGCCAAAGUAUGAUGUGGGAGUGGACCCCGAGUUUGACCCGGCAGAUGACCUGGACGGAGGCACGGAAAAGCAGGGAGAGCAGGAUUUCCGGAAAUACGAGGAAGGCUUUGACCCCCACUCCAUGUUCACCCCGGAGCAGAUCGUAGGAAAGGAUGUCCGGCUCCUGCGCAUUAAGAAGGAGGGAGCCUUAGACCUGGCCCUGGAAGGCGGUGUGGACUCCCCGAUCGGGAAGGUGGUCGUCUCGGCUGUUUACGAGGGCGGAGCUGCUGAGCGGCACGGUGGCAUUGUGAAAGGGGAUGAGGUCAUGGCCAUCAAUGGCAAGAUCGUGACGGACUACACCCUGGCUGAGGCUGAGGCUGCCCUGCAGAAGGCCUGGAAUCAGGGGGACUGGAUCGACCUUGUCGUUGCCGUCUGUCCCCCCAAGGAGUAUGACGAUGAGCUGACCUUCUUCUGAAGUUCAGAGGAGAAACCAAAUCCACAGGUAGAAGCCAGUGAGCUUUGGACCCAACUUCCUGGACACCAUGCCUGGAGCCAGCUGAGCCACCGCAGCCUGCAGGCACCCUGGAAACCCACAGCCAGCACCCAGGGAUUGCAGACUCCCUCUGGCCCUGAAGUAGGGCUGCAUAGGAACACUUCGGGCCACCCCUCUGAAGGCCAGCAUGGAGGGAGGGAGCAGCUAGCCGUUCUGAAGAGGCCCCUGCGAUCUAGACUCUCCUGUCGUCCCUCUGGCUUUGUGAAUCUGGGACCCCCUUGAGCUCUGCUAGGGCCUGACUCUUGGGUCUACCCCUCUCCACCCCUCUCCUCUCUCUCCUGCUCUCAUCGCCGCUAAGACUGAUGCCACAGUCUUACUCUGAACUCAUUAAUAAAAUAAACAGACUUCUUUUCCA